AUGACCACAUUGUUUUUAUCAGAAUGUGGGUUAAGGCCACUUCCUGUACUGUACACUCAACCAAGAACAAGUGCAAUUUCAUCUCAAAAACUUCCAAAGUUUGGAUUUUUAAACAAAACAAGCAAAAGGGUGUCUUUAGAUCUUAGGUUUAAGGCAAGAAAGUGGGAAUUGAAAGUGAGUGCUCCUUCUAGAGUUAGUACUGAUGAAGAAGAAGCAGAGGGUGCUGUGAAGGAGUUACCACAAUUUGACCCUGGUGCACCACCUCCUUUUACAUUGGCUGAUAUAAGAGCAGCUAUACCUAAACAUUGCUGGGUUAAGGAUCCUUGGAAGUCUAUGAGUUAUGUUGUGAGAGAUGUUGUGGUGGUUUUAGGUUUGGCGGUUGUUGCUGCUUAUGUUAAUAGUUUGUUUGUUUGGCCUCUUUAUUGGGCUGCUCAAGGAACAAUGUUUUGGGCUCUCUUUGUUCUUGGUCAUGAUUGUGGUCAUGGAAGCUUUUCAAACGAUCCAAAGCUGAAUAGUGUUGCAGGGCAUUUGCUGCAUUCUUCAAUCCUAGUACCAUAUCAUGGAUGGAGAAUUAGUCAUAGAACACAUCAUCAAAAUCACGGCCACGUUGAAAAUGAUGAAUCUUGGCACCCAUUGCCGGAGAAAAUCUUCAAGAGCUUGGAUAAUGCAACAAAAAUUUUAAGAUUUACAAUACCUUUCCCAAUGCUUGCAUAUCCUUUCUACCUUUGGAGUAGAAGUCCGGGGAAAAGUGGUUCUCACUUCGAUCCAAACAGUGACUUGUUUGUCCCGAAUGAAAGAAAAGAUGUUAUUACUUCAACAGUUUGUUGGACAGCUAUGGCUGCUUUGCUUGUAGGAUUAGGAUUCGUUAUGGGUCCAAUUCAAUUACUCAAGCUUUAUGGCAUUCCUUAUAUGCUUUUUGUUAUGUGGUUGGAUUUGGUGACUUAUUUGCAUCACCAUGGUCAUGAAGACAAAUUACCAUGGUAUCGUGGCCAGGAAUGGAGCUACCUUAGAGGCGGACUUACAACUCUAGAUCGCGAUUACGGAUUGAUAAAUAACAUCCAUCAUGACAUUGGAACUCAUGUCAUUCAUCACUUAUUUCCUCAAAUCCCACACUACCACUUAAUAGAAGCUACCGAGGCAGCGAAACCAGUUCUUGGAAAAUACUACCGAGAGCCGAAGAAAUCGUCACCUUUACCAUUUCACCUAAUUGGAGAGUUAAUAAAAAGCAUGAAGAAAGACCAUUUUGUCAGCGACACCGGUGAUAUUGUUUACUACCAAACAGACCCUAACCUUAGUGGCUCUUCUACAUCAAAAUAA